AUGUCGUCUCAAGCCAGCUCCGAGCCUCUCCAAACGUACGAAAUUUCCGAUUUCAAGUUCCACAAUGGCACCACACUGCCGAAACUCAAGUUGGCCUACAAGAUCCUCAACCCGCACAACAGCAAGAUAGCAGUUGUACACACGUGCUUCAAAGGCCGUCUCGACACCACCUUGACACAUGCCAACGCCGCUCUGAAGAAUCACAAGAUCAUCCUGAUCGCCCUUCUCGGCAAUGGCGAAUCUUCUAGCCCUUCAAACACGCCCGACUUUCCCAGUACCCUUGAGUACAUGGACUGCAUCAGCGCUCAGUACUCUCUCCUUACCCAAGAACUCGGUAUCAAAGAGGUAGAUGUCAUGCUAGGAUUUUCGAUGGGCGGCCAGAUCACCUACCAUUGGGUAACAACACACCCUGAUUUCAUCAAGCACGCUGUAAUCGUAUGUUCCUCCGCCAAAACUAGCAGACACAACUUCCAGUUCCUCGAGGGACCAAAGGCAGCGCUAGAAAGCGCAAAGAGUCCCGAGAGGGGUAUCAGGGCAUUCGGGAAGGCGUAUUCAGCGUGGCUGACAAGCGCCGAAUGGUUCGACGAAGAAUGCUACAAAGAGAUGGGCUUCCAGCAACUGCGAGACUGGGAUGAUGUGGCUACUAUUCAGGGUUACGAAGGUUGGACAGGUGACGAUCUUCUGGUAAUGCUGGGUAUGUGGCAGCGCGGAGACAUCACUCGGUGCACCAAGGCGGAGGAUCUAGAGUCGGCACUCAAAGGCAUCAAAGCAAAGGUUCUGCUCAUGCCGUGCGAGUACGAUCAGUAUUUCCGCCCUUAUGUCAGCGAGAAGGAAGCCAAGAGCCUGGAGAAUGCAACCGUGGAGAUUGUACCCAGCAUCUGGGGACAUAUUGCGGGUGGCGGGGCCAACCCGAAGGAUGUGGAUUGGAUGGAUCAUCGGAUCAAGCUUUUCUUACGGGGCUUAGUAUGA